AUGAAUCUCACGUUGAUAUAUUUCUUCGGCAUCAUGGCUGCGAUCCUGGCGCAUACAAAGUCAACCUCAGCUCUGCCCGUGGCCGACUCGAUAUUAUUGCCAAAAAUCACCAUCAGACAAGACUCUUCACCACGAUCGCCUAGUCAGACUGCGCCGGCGCCGGCGCCCAACAACGCUCGUUUCGUGAGAGAUGGAGGAACACACGGCAAGCGACAACAAGAUCUGCCGUCAGAAGAAGUCGAAGGGGACCCGACAUCCAACUCUAACAUACUAAUACCGACACAAGGCACUCAGUCUCAGCCGAUGGGCAACGGGACCAGUUUCCCGAACUCGCAGACAUCGCCUCUCAAUAAUGGUUCGAGCGGCACGCAGCCUUCCACCGGAGUCACUGGCCCUGCCGUCGCCCUGUCAAACGGAACAUUCACCAGCCCCAACAACGUCACCGAUACAUAUACGUCCGCUCCCAAUCCACGCACAGACACGACGAUAGUGACGGUCGCACGGAUUCAGGCGCUUCCCCCAACCACGGCGUUAUCCACAAAUGCACCACCGCCUGUGCCCGAACCUCAACCGAACCUGGCCACCCAGUCACAGUUUUCCGGGACAACCGCAACGCUCACAACGAGCCAGAGGACAGGGAGUCCAAACUGCCCAUUCCGAUCGGAAAUACCCCCGGUCCCGGAUCCCGACACGACAUCUAGCCCGAUCUUCCCAGUCAUUGUGACAGUCUUCCCUGUUUCGACGGGCUCUUCCACCAUAAUAUGA